AUGGCUAAAAAAUCGCUACCAAAAGAGCGCGGCAGGGGCGACUUGAAAAAGAUCAAGGAGAAGGUCAAAACUGAGGUUUUUUUUUGAUUUUUGAUUAAAAUCUGUGGUCCUAUGUUGAAAAUAUGUUGUACGGAGCGAUCUAUUUUGUACAAUUAAAGUGAAAUUUUGAGGAAAAAAAGUUGCUUUUCAUAAAAAUAACAGAAAAUUCUACUUUAUACCAAAUCUUGAGGCAAAAAUCAUCCAUAAAAGCCAGUAUUUAUCUAAAAAUCACUGAAAAAACUCAAUGUAUUCAUUUUGAUACAUGAAAAAUCCCCGUUAUAAGUCGAAAAGUUCAGACAAAACCAGCCGACUCAGGGAACUUUUGGCUUUUCGUGGCUGCCUUUUUGGGCGCUUUAUUCAUGUCCUCGUCCGUUAUCUACUACGUGGUACCAGCUAAAUUCCAGGCCGUCGAAUAUGAGUGAGUUUGAAUGGGAAAAUUAAUCAAAAAAUCACGUGAGCAGGGUGCCCAAACACAAAAAGUACCGUAUCUCAAAAAUUUCUACAGUGACCCCUUAUGGUAUGUACUGAGAAAAAUUUCUAAAAUUGCUUUACCUAUCGAUUGAUAUAUCACUUGCCUAGUAAAAACUCUUCAAUACUUAGAUGCGCAGGUGGCUUACCGUAACCCGGCGAGAGGGAAUGGCUUAAAAUUUUUUUUUAUCACAAUGGAUGAAGUUUCAUCAGAAUUAAAAAUGAAUUUUUUUUGUGGAUAUUGAUUUUGAAAAUUACAGAGGCAGUGUUAAAUUUGGAGCAAAAUAUUCAGACCUUGUGCGCUCUGAUGAUAAAAUUGGGCAGAAAUUGUUAAAAAGGCUUGAUUCAAGCCAAAUAAAUAAAUAAAAAACAAAAGAGCCUUCAAAAUCUUGUUCUGAGCAUUUCAGGUGGUCACUUUUGUAGGCUUAAUCAUUUUUUUAUUUCAAAAUACCUCCCCCAUAGCUUUUCUAACCCUAUAAUCUUUGUUAAUUUUUUUGACCUUUCUUGAAUCUGAGGCAAUUUAUCUCAGACCUUGUGCGCUCUAAUGAUAAAAUCGAGCAGAAAGUGUUAAAAAAAGGCUGAUUCAAGCCAAAUAAUUGAAUAUGAUCUACACAAAAACGAAAAAAAGCUUUCAAAAUCUUGUUUUUUUAUUACAUUUUAGGUGGCAAUUUUCUGAGCCUAAUCAAGCUAUAUUCAAAAAAUAGCCAAUAGAAGCUGAAAUUUUCAAAAAUCAAUUUUUUCAUAAUCGGUGAAACAUGUGAAAAACCGAUGAAAACGUGCACUUUUCAGCGUUUUUCAGACCAUUUUUGAUAUUGAGAUUUAAAAAUUGGGCUAUUUUCCUUCAAAUCACCUUUUUUUCCAGCCUAGGAACACCCUUGCCCCUUGGAAGGCGUCUUGGCAGAGAACAAACGGCUGUCAGAAGCGGAAAUCCUACUGGAAAAUCAAAUAUAUGGACCCGAAUCUUUGACGAUUCACAAAGAGACCGGAUUGAUCUACACCGGACUGAAAACUGGCCUCAUUUGUGAGAUCGACUUGUACUUGACCAAGGUGAGCUUUCAAGAAAAAGUCAUAGAUAUGGUCCGUUAUGACUCCGAAUCGCCUUAAGACCUUAUAAGAAAAAAUGCCAUGCUCCUUUAAAAUUUGCAAGCGUUUUUGUAGUUUUCAAAGGAUUAUUUUCUGUAGGACUAACUUUCUAGGAAACUGAGAAAAUUUUUAGUAGCCACUAUAGGGUUUUGAAGUUUUUGUGGCCACUAAAGUAGUCAAAUUAGUGGCCACUUGAUGGGUUGAAAAUUAGUGGCCACCAUAGGGUUUUGACAUUUUAGUGGCCCCUAUAGUAAUCAAAAUUUUGGCCACUUAGAGGGGUAAAAAUUAGGGACCACUAUAGAGGUCUAAGUGCUACUACUAAAAUUUAAGUGGCCACUUUAGGGGUUAAUGGAUCAACAUAACUGGUCCAAUCUAUUUUUUUUUAAAUUAUCAGAGUUACAGAAAGGAAUACUGGAUGAAAAACUACUGAAGUAGCCACUAAAACGGUAAAUAGUGGCCACUAUAGAGGUGGGUUUAGUGGCCACUUCAGUGUCCUCUUCAAGUAGUCCUUAGCCUCUACAGUGGCCACUAAAAAUUUUCCCAGAAGACUGUUAAAAUUAUAAAAUCCCAUUUCAAGAGGAUCAAAUUGCCUAAAGGAUGAAGCUUCCAUUUUUAUUCAAAUCCAAGAAAAUAUAAGACUUUUCUCCACUUAUCAAAUAAAUUCCCAGCCAAAGAUCACGAAAGCGGUCCGACUGACGAGCAUGAAAGAUUGCGACGGUUCCUACGCUUCGAUGGCGAAAUGUGGUCGUCCAUUGGGCUUGAGGUUUGCUCUCCCUCUCGUUUCUUAUCAAUUGCCAAGUUUUACGAUUUGAUCAUCUAUUGAACUUCAUUAGUUUCUGGAGAAUCUUAGAAAGUCCUUUUCUUACAAAAUCUGCCUCAUAGUUACAUCGAAAGUGCAAUUUAAAAAAUAGCAAAAAAUAAUUGCAUCGGCCGGGAAUCGAACCCGGGCCGCCCGCGUGGCAGGCGAGCAUUCUACCACUGAACCACCGAUGCUGACGGCGUCGUUAGCCAACCAAUGCGUAUGGAUGUCUUUCAGAUUCAACGAGUUUAACGAGCUGCUCGUCGUGGAUGCCUACUUGGGACUUUUUGCUAUCAAUUGGGAUGGAGGUCAGUUAAUUAGAUCUUAAUUAGGCUUGAAAAAAAGAACAAAAAACUUUUCUCCAAAAUUUACAACGGAGAAGCUUGAUUUUUCAAACUUCACAAUGAUAAAAGGGGCUAUUAAAAAUGAAAUAAUCAUUAUUUCGAUUCCAGAAAAUAUUGUAAAAAUACUCGGAGCCGGUGAGCUGAUCUCUGACGAUCCUACGGCCGCUCCAAUAAGGUUUAUCACUUUUUCAUCUAAUUAUUUUUAAACUUUUCUAGGUAUCUAAACGACUUUGACUUCCUUCCCGACGGUCGGAUCGUACUUUCCGAGUCUUCAACGAAAUUCGACGAUCACGAUUUCCUCUACGACAUGUUUGAGCAUCGUCCUAAUGGAAGGUUUGUAUUGAAAAAAAAAUGGAUCAAGUUUUUUUUUUCUGGAGCUCAUUUUCGAGCCUUGAACACUCCGAAAUUCAAAAAUGGAGGUCUCAGGGCUUUUUUGAAAACUCAAUUCCUCAAAAAAGCCAAUUUGCUAUGACAAGGAAAACCCGAAGCCCUAUUUUCCUUGCCAAGUGCGCUCCAUUGAUAAUUUCAGGUUCUAGAGCUCCAAAUGUUCAAUUGUAUCAGUUGAGCACCAAAAAUGAAGUAAAUUUUUAUCAAAGAGGUCAAAAAUAACAGCAAUCUUCCUAUUAUGAAUCACUGUUCCUAUCGAAAAAAAGUUCUGAUUCGCUAUAAUUCCAGACUUCUCGUCUACGAUCCCAGGAAAAAAGACCUUAGAAUCCUAAAAGACGGUCUCUACUUCCCAAAUGGAGUUCAAGUCGUUCCGGAGUCGGGUGCAGCGAAAACCGACGAUGUUCGCGUGUUUUUCAGUGAAAUGGGCAUGACUCGAAUUGUCGCUCUAUGGUUUUUCCAUCCUAUUUUGAAUAUAAAAAAUAAAUUUUUAGGGCUCCAGUAGAUCAUUAUUCCAAGAAAAAGAUAAGAACCAAAGUCCUAAUCGAUAAAUUGCCUGGAUAUCCUGACAAUAUUCGAUUGGCUAAUGAUGGUUGGUUCCUUGGAAAAAUUAUAAAUCGAGAAAAAUUCAGGAAAAUUACUGGUUCCUCUGCCUUCACAUAGGACCUCUGAUGACUCGUCUAUGGAGAAAAAUCCGCAAGUUCGAGAGUUCAUCACAAAGGUUAGGCUUGUUCCAACUUAUUACGCAGUAAUGAGUCCCCGUCGGCGGCCGCUGACCGCGUCAGCAUCGGUGGUUCAGUGGUAGAAUGCUCGCCUGCCACGCGGGCGGCCCGGGUUCGAUUCCCGGCCGAUGCAAUUCUUUUUUGAAAGCUUUUCUUUUCUAUUCGACAUUCAUUUUUCGUGAUGAAGACGAUUUUUGUAGACCUUUUCAUAGAAAUAACACCCAUUUGAGAUUUUAAGUAAUAAAUGUAUAUUAAAGGGUCAUGAAAAUCGAAAAUAAAGAUUUUUUCCAGAUACUCUCGCCGCAGUCUCUUCAGAUAGUUUUCUCCUACUUUACGAACACGAAUGGAUUCGUAUUAAAGGUAAAAUAUUUCUUUAUUUUUGAAUGCAAUAAUGAAAGUCAUUCUGAUUUUUUGAUGAAAAUAAGGCAGCUCGGGAUUUUUUAUGAGGCUGAAAUUAAGCGAUAUCAGGUCAAUUUCCGUCAAAAAAUGAGGCUGUAGAAUGUUUUCGUGUGAUUUUUAAGGUUGAAGGGGAAUCCAGUGAAUUUAGAUUGAAAUAAUAGAAACAAUUCAGAAUCCCUCCCCCUAGAUUACAGCCCUCCACGUCCGAACAAGCCCCCCCAAGGCGAUUUUGGACUGGUGAAGGGGAAAUCAAGAUCUUUCGUUUCUUUAGAUUUCCUACACCAGGGGGGAUUCUGGAAUAAUCCCAAAAAAAUUUAAGUUACUAAAAUAUACCCCCAGGUUACAGCCCCCCACGUCUGAACAAGCCCCCCAAGGCAAAUUUGGACUGGUGAAGGGGGGUGAAAAUCAAGACCUUUUUCUUUUUUUAUUUCUUAGACCAACGGGGGGAAUUCUGGAAUAAUCCCAAAAAAAUUUAAGUUACUUUUUCAGAUUAAAAAAAUGAGAAAGUUUAAGCUCAAAGUUCGAGUGGAUUUUGACCUCAAAGAACACAUUUUUCAGGUCGAUACGGAAACCGGAACGGUCACCGAAUCUUUCCAUGAUCCGACCGGAAAAGUCUCCUCAGUUAGCAUCGCAGUCGACGACGGAAAAGGCAAUCUUUUGCUUGGCAGCGACGACAAUUAUUAUCUGGCCAGAGCCAAGAUUUGGACUUUUGCCUCGUAA